AGGUCUCUCUUCUCCCAUCGCGCACUUCCAUCAUGAGUCCUCAACUCGGUACAUUCACGGUUCCUGCUAUCGACAAUGAGCCUAUGAACCACUAUGGACCAGGAUCACCGGAACGAAAGGCGUUACAAGCUGCAAUCACUGAACUGCAGCAGCAACUUCCGAUAGAGGUGCCGUGCGUCGUCAACGGGAAACCAGUCAAAACCGGAAAUUUGGCCAAACAGCCGAUGCCCCACGACCACGCCAACCAUCUCUGCACCUACCACGAAGCUGAUCCUCAAACUGUUGCUAGUGCUAUCGAUGGUGCCCUUGCAGCAAAAGAAGAGUGGCAAUCUCUUCCUUGGAACGACAGAGCUGCGAUUUUUCUUAAAGCAGCUGAGCUUGUCAGUGGGAAGUACCGGUAUAAGCUUAUGGCCGCUACUAUGCUAGGACAAGGAAAGAACGCCUGGCAGGCUGAGAUCGAUGCUGCUGCAGAGCUUGCGGACUUCCUCAGGUUCGGGGUCAAAUUCGUUGAACGUCUCUAUUCUAUCCAACCAGAGAAGAACUCGGGUGGUGUGUGGAAUCGGACCGAAUAUCGCGCACUCGAGGGUUUCGUCCUUGCCGUCUCUCCUUUCAACUUUACGGCGAUCGGUGGUAAUUUAUGCGGAGUCCCCGCUCUCCUAGGCAACGUCGUAUUCUGGAAACCUGCACCGAUGGCUACCUUAGCCAACUACAUAACAUACCAAAUUUUCACCGAAGCCGGUAUCCCCCCAGGUGUCAUCCAAUUCGUCCCAGGUCCACCACCGGAAGUCGUCGCGCAAGCUAUCAACCAUAAAGCUUUCGCUGGGUUGCAUUUCACCGGGAGUACCUUUGUUUUCAAAAAGCUCUGGAAGGAUAUUUCAUCCAACCUUGAUAUCUACAGAGGAUACCCAAGGAUCGUUGGGGAGACUGGGGGGAAGAAUUGGCAUUUGAUUCAUGGGAGUGCGGAUACGAGGAAUGCAGUUUUGCAGAGUGUCAGAGCGGCAUUUGAGUAUUCUGGUCAGAAAUGCUCCGCUCUAUCAAGGUUGUAUGUAUCUGUGUCACAGUGGGAGAAUGGGUUUAAAGACCAACUGUUGUCCGAGGUUGCAAAGGUUAAGGUUGGAAAUCAGCUUGAGUGGUCGACUUUUGUCGGACCUGUUAUCAACCGCAUUGCAUUUGACAAGAUCAUAUCCUACAUCCAGAAGGCCAAAGACGCCGGUGGCCAAAUUCUCGUCGGAGGCACAGGCGACGACUCCAAAGGAUACUUCAUCCAGCCCACUGUGAUCUUGACGCAAGACCCCAAGAGCGUCACGAUGGUUGAAGAGAUUUUUGGGCCUGUGCUCACGGUUUAUGUGUACAGGGAUGAGGAGUACGAAAAGACGUUGAAGUUGAUCGAUGAGACUAGUGCGUAUGGGUUGACCGGAUCUAUCUUCUCAAACUCGCGCGCUCCAUUGAUUCAAGCCACACACAAACUCCUCAACGCGGCUGGGAAUGUCUACUAUAACGAGAAAUGUACCGGGGCCGUCGUGGGACAACAGCCUUUCGGCGGUAGUAGAGGAAGUGGAACGAAUGAUAAGGCUGGUAGUAUGAGCAUUUUCUACAGGUUCGUCAACGCGAGGAGUAUUAAGGAAGGGUUUGUUGGCCUCGAUGGGUUCAAUUAUCCCUCGAAUUUGGAGUAAUCGAUUAGUAUAAAGCAUGAAACAUUGUAUAAGUAGCGCACUUGGCGUCAAACAUUGAU